GUUUUCGGCUCUUUUGAUCACGAGCCAUCAUUGUCCAUUAUGGGUAUAUGGGUAUAAUGUCAAGAUUGGCAACUUGACUUAUUUCAUUGGAAAACAAGAAUACAUGUUGUAGAUGGUCUAAGACAGACUGUAUCAAAUUCGAUUUGAAUACUAAUUUGCAGGGGAAGAAAUGGCGAAAGCUCUACAACUUCCCAUCAUAGACCUCGCUUCUCUUGAUCGAAUCUCCACUGCCAAUUCCAUCCGUCAGGCAUGCAUAGAAUGUGGUUUCUUUUACCUCAUAAACCAUGGGGUAGAGCAGGAGUUGCUUAAGCAAGUGUUUGAUGAGAGCAAAAGAUUCUUCUCACUCCCCCUUGAAGAGAAGAUGAAAUUGCUUCACAGAGAAACAAGAGGUUAUACGCCACUGUAUGCCGAGAAUCUCAACCCUUCUUCAAGUUCUAAAGGUGACUCAAAAGAGAGUUUCUAUAUUGGUCCUCUGGAAAGCAUUUCAAGUCAUAGUAAUCUGAAUCAAUGGCCUUCAGAAGGAAAUUCCAGAAGUUUUGCCAUCUUGGAGACCUACUAUUGAAUCUUACUAUGAAAGAGUCCUGACUGCUGGAAAAAAGUUGAUCUCUUUAAUUGCUCUGGCUUUAAACUUGGAUGAAGACUUCUUUGAGAAAGUUGGGGCUUUCAAUCCACCAAUGCCAUUUCUUCGUCUUCUACACUAUCCUGGUUGAAU